AUGUGCUCAAAUGUCGGCUGCCCCACUGACGACCGGAUGACGGCCUGUCUGAAAUCCACUGAUGCUAGGACUCUCACCAUGGCUGCUCCCCGCAUUACACAAGGCUCCCCAGACUAUCCCGGUGUGACAAACCUGCUUCUGUCUCCUGUUGUUGACGGCGACUUCCUCCCCGAUCAGCCCGCCAACUUGUUCCACAACGCUGCUGAGGUCGACUACCUCGCAGGGGUCAAUGACAUGGACGGACACCUCUUCACCUCACAGGACAUUCCUUCCCUUGGUGACAAGAAUCAAGAGACUCCCGUGUAAGGCUGCUUUGUCUUCAGAGGGAAGGCAUUUUGUUUUGUG